AUGAGAGCCUGGCGUCCUGCAUCAUGCGGCACGCGGAUACUUAGAGCUUCGCCCAGGCGCCUUCUCUCCUACUCACGUGCCCGCCAACAGGAGGACAGUCACCAACAGCAAAAGUCGCGAAGCAUUGCAGAGCUGCUACAACGCGGAUCUGCUGUUCAAAAUGUCAGGGUCGAUGGCUGGGUUCGGUCGGUGAGAAAGCAGAAGCGAAUAGCUUUCGCUGCAAUUGGAGACGGCUCGAGUCUUGAUUCAGUGCAGGUGGUGUUGAGGCCAGAGGAUGCUGCAGAUCUGUCACAUGGCACUGCUGUCUCCGUAGAUGGAGAAUGGAUACCGUCUCAAGGAGGCAAGCAGGCGUUCGAGCUUCAGGCUGGGGAAGUGUCAAUCAAAGGCGACAACGAUGCAGAGAACAACCCGGUACAACCCAAGUACCAGACAGCUGAAUUUCUGCGAACGAUUCCACAUCUGCGUCCUCGGAUACCCGCCAAUGCUUUGCUACUGCGCCUACGUUCGCAAGUGAUAGCGACUCUGACGAGGUUCUUCCAAGAGGCAGGUUUCGUUCAAACCCAUACUCCUGUUAUCACCUCCUCGGACUGUGAAGGUGCUGGCGAAGUCUUCACCGUUUCCUCCAACGCUACCAAGGAGGCUGGACAGAAGUCGAAGCCUGAAGGCGAGACCCAGAUUGAGCACUUCUUUCGAACUCCCAAGUACCUGACCGUGUCGGCGCAGCUACAUCUGGAAGCUCUGGCUCAGGCUGUGAACAAAGUCUGGACUUUGUCGCCAACGUUUCGAGCGGAAAAGGGUGACACCGCCAGGCACUUGAGCGAGUUCUACAUGCUCGAAGCUGAGCAAUGCUUCACCAACGAUCUGAACGAUGUCAUGAGUGUGGUCGAAGAGAUGCUCCGAGCCGUUGCCAAAGAUCUACAGCAAUCAAAAGUCGGCCACGAGUUGCUCCAAAGCAGAACUACCAAUCAGUCCGCAGAAGAGGAUGACCAGACAGCAGUCACAGCAGACGAGCUGAAGUGGCGAUGGGCCUGCAUGGCUUCCAGAAGCUGGCCUCGAGUGACUUACAGCGACGCAAUAAAUGAGCUCAAAGGUGCAGGCUUCGAUGUGGACUACGACGACGGCUUGGAGACUGCACACGAGCGAUGGCUUGCCCAGCAUUUUGGUGGAGGCACCCCGGUUUUCGUCACGGACUAUCCGGCGGUGCAGAAGCCUUUCUACAUGAUGCCUUCCAAAAACGGCACCGACACGGUCGCUUGCUUCGACCUACUAGUACCAGACCUGGCAGAAUUGGUUGGAGGCUCGUUGCGCGAGCAUCGCUCAGAAGAAUUGCUUGAUGCCAUGAAAGCAAAGGGCGUGGCUGGCAACAACCUGGAGUGGUACCAGGAUUUGAGGAGAUACGGCAGUGUGCCUCAUGGCGGCUUUGGCCUGGGCUUCGAUCGACUGCUGUGCUAUCUCAGCGGGACUGGCAACAUUCGAGACGUCGUCGCGUUUCCGAGAUGCUAUGAAUCGCUUCCACCCAACUUCUCCCUCGCCGCGAACAUGGUGGCAGGCGCGUUCGCAGGCAUUGCAGAACACUCAGUCAUGUACCCCAUCGACCUCCUCAAGACCCGAAUGCAAGUCGUCAAUCCCACGCCCGCCGCGAUCUACACCGGAAUUGGAAAUGCCAUCUCGACCAUUUCAAGAGUUGAAGGAUACAUGUCAUUAUGGAGAGGGCUGUCUAGUGUCGUGGUAGGAGCAGGUCCUGCGCACGCCGUAUACUUCGCCACCUAUGAGGUCGUCAAGCAAGCAAUGGGCGGCAAUGCCGCUGGACAUCAUCCACUUGCAGCAGCCUCCAGCGGCGCCUGCGCAACAAUCGCGAGCGACGCCUUCAUGAACCCCUUCGACGUGAUCAAGCAGCGAAUGCAAGUACACGGCUCCACCUACCGAACCAUCACCGAGUGCGCGACCCAGGUCUGGCGAAAUGAAGGUCUCCGCGCGUUCUACGUGUCUUACCCCACGACCUUGACCAUGACCGUGCCUUUCACAGCACUGCAGUUCACAGCCUACGAAUCCUUGACCAAAUUCCUACAGCGGAGGCGGAGGCCUGGUUACGAUCCGAUCACGCACUGCACAGCUGGUGGCUUGGCUGGUGGAAUCGCCGCGGCAGCGACUACCCCUUUGGACGUGAUCAAGACCCUGCUCCAGACCAGGGGCACCGCGAACGAUCUCGAAAUCCGAAACUGUCGAGGUUUGUUUCCAGCAGCAGGUAUCAUUUGGAGAAGAGAGGGUAUGCGAGGCUUUUUCCGCGGCAUGAAUGCUCGUGUCGUGACGGCAGCACCCAGCACAGCAAUCUGCUGGUCUGCAUACGAAUUGGCCAAGGCAUACUUCAUCAGAGUCGAGGAAGAGUCAUGA